UGCCAUGAGAGAAACACAAACUUCUUUUAUCUUGAAUUAUUAUUUCAUCGACUUAGUAUACGUAUGUGUUAACAGGAAGAAAAAUGAAUCAGAAGAAGCGAAGAAGGUAAGGAUAAAUGCAGUGAAAAAGGAGAAAGAGGUAAAGAAAAAUAAAAAUGAGAAAGAUGAGAAGAAGAAAGUGAAACCAACGAGUAGGGCGAAAAAGUUGAAAUCUCCACAGAAGACAAAGUUGAAUAAAGACGUGGAACCUUCUACGGACAAACCAGAGAAAUCUUCCAAGGAAACGGUAUCCCCCACGUUAGAAACGUCAAAUUCUCUUUUGGAAACUACAGACAGCCAAUUGGAAAAUAUCCAUAAAUUGAGCCCUGUAGCAUCGAAGGUGUUAAUUCCCCCACCACGCCAGGUAGCAGAAAUGAUAAAUCGUUUGCAAGAAAUCGAGAAUCAAUCGACAUUCGAAGGUAAUAAAGAAGGUGAUAAACAACGGAAAAUCAAUGCUGAUCAGGAACAUGAAAAGAAAAGUACUUUUACUGAAAAUUCGAUCAGCAUGGACGAAGUGUUAAAUUAUACAGUGUGUCUAGAUUCGAAGGAAAAUGUAAAAAAGACUAAAGUUUCUGAUGAUCGAUUGAAGAACGAUAACUCAACUGUAGAACAGGCAUUGGAAACUAAUCCAGAAUCUCAAUCUCAAGCGGAAACACAGACAACUCAUACAGAAAUGACCAAUUCAGCUACCAGAAUGAAAAGAAUGUAUGGGUUCCGAAAAAACAACAAAGUUGAACCUACUAAACUGUCAUACACUGAGGUCGAUAUCCAAACUCCUGAUUAUAGUGGGAGUUCUAACCCCAGCAAGAUAGAGACAGCAGAGGAACUUGUCGAAGAGAAGCAGAUCAAUCCUGAACGAAAAGUUAUAAAUAUUUGUCCAGUUUGCAACAAGACACAGGUACCUGUAUCGCCUAGUUCCUUACAGUAUUUUACUGCUCAUAGAGACAAGCAAGGACGAUUCUACUGUGAAUAUUGCGCGACUCCAAAUACAAUAAAGGGAUUAUGUAAAGGUGAGCAAAAACGUUUAAAAUGCACUGGAUGUGGCGAGUAUCUACGUACGAAGAGCAGUCAGGUAAGAAGUUCAGUUUUGUUGCAUAAAACUUAUUUAGUAAUUUACGUUACGCUUACUUUCAUUUCCAGAGCACUCGAAAUAAAUCUAAUAAUUGUUCACAAUGUGCUUCAAUACUAAGACCUGCACAAUCAAGUGUGCCAGCAUAAUUUUCUCAAAGAAAAAGAAAAAAAAGGAGAAAAACAGAUAAAAUGUAUUCUUAGACGAUUAAGGAAAAAGAUUCAUGUACAUAAAUGAAGAUUGUAUGUUGAACGAAUGAGUAGGGAGCAGCAAACAGCAUAGACAUAAAUAAUUUGAAAUUUGUCUAUAUAUUGUAAAUAAUCAUUUUAUUAUUCCUAGACUAACAGGGCGUAAACAUUCAUAAACUUGUCGACAACUAAAAAGUUAUUAGCCAUGUAAAAUAUUUGAAAUAUUUCAAAACAUUAUUUAUUUCAUUAAAAAAGUGUGAGGUCGUUGAUUACAAGAAAAAAGGUUUUUUAACAAUGUUAUACGGUCAGCGACGAUUGUAAAAUAUUAUAAUGUAUCAUAAAACAGCAUCGUAUCUAUCUUAACAUCAUUUCUAGUGUUUAGAAUAAAUUGUAAUUUUCGCUUGGAAAUUAUGCUUUUCUUUGAACAUUCAUUGUACAAUUGCAUCGCAGCGAUAUAAAUCAUUUAAUUAUAUAAACGGAAUACAAUAAGCAAUUAUACAGAGAUCGUUUAAUUUCACAUGAAGAUGAAGAUACAAAGAAUCGAAGCUAGAAAGAGUUUAACAAUUUGUUUAGCUUCGAAAAAAAGGGCAUCACUACAAGUACGAUUAGAAAAUAAAAUUAU